AUGCUGAUUUCUUGGGGGAGGCAGCAGCAGCAGCAGCAGUUGCAGCAGCAGCAGAUGCAGCAGCAGCAGAUACAGAUGCAGCAGCAGCAGAUACAGAUACAGCAACAGCAGAUACAGAUACAGCAGCAGCAGAUGCAGCAGCAGCAGCAGCAGAUGCCCAUGCAGCAGCAGCAGCAGCAGAUGCAGCAGCAACAAAUGCAGCAGCAGCAAAUGCAACAGCAACAGAUACAGCAGCAGCAGAUGCAGCAGCAGAUGCAGCAGCAACAGCAGCAGAUGCAGCAGCAGCAGCAGCAGAUGCAGCAGCAGCAGCAGCAGAUGCAGCAGCAGCAGAUGCAGGUGCUGCAGCAGCAGAAAGGGCAGCAGCUGCUGCUGCUGCAUGCACAGCGGCUCCGCUCUGUUGCUGCUGUGCCCCUAGGCAGAGUCGUUCGCCGCACAGACGCUCCUGGCUCCUCCAGCGAACAGCAGCAGCAGCAGCAGCAGCAGCAGCAGCAGCAGCAGCAGCAGCAGCAGCAGUUGCAGCAGCAGCAGAUGCAGCAGCAGCAGAUACAGAUGCAGCAGCAGCAGAUACAGAUACAGCAACAGCAGAUACAGAUACAGCAACAGCAGAUGCAGCAGCAGCAGCAGAUGCCGAUGCAGCAGCAGCAGCAGCAGAUGCAGCAGCAACAAAUGCAGCAGCAGCAAAUGCAACAGCAACAGAUGCAGCAGCAGCAGAUGCAGCAGCAGAUGCAGCAGCAACAGCAGCAUAUGCAGCAGCAGCAGCAGCAGAUGCAGCAGCAGCAGCAGCAGAUGCAACAGCAGCAGAUGCAGGUGCUGCAGCAGCAGAAAGGGCAGCAGCUGCUGCUGCUGCAUGCACAGCGACGGGUUGUGUCUUCGUGUGCUCUCGUGCUGCCGCCAUGCAGGGGAGCAGCAGAGACGAGGCAGCAGCAAGCUGCUGCUGCUGCUGCUCCCCCAGCGCCAGCAGCAGCAGCAGCAGCAGCAGCACAAGCAGCACCAGCAACAGCAGCACCAACUGCUGCUGCUGCUGCUGCUGCAGCAGCAGCAGCAGCAGCAGGAGCAGCAGCAGCAGCAGCAGCACAAGCAGCACCAGCAACAGCAGCACCAACUGCUGCUGCUGCUGCUGCAGCAGCAGCAGCAGCAGCAGCAGCAGCAGGGCCAACGAAGCACACAAACACACCCCCGCCGCAGUUGCUGCUGCACUGCCAACCCCCUGGCGGCGCUGCGGGAGAGGAUUUGAGUGGUGCGGGGCAGCAGCAGCAACAGCAGCAACAGCAGCAGCAGCAGCAGCAGCAGCAACAGCAGCAGCUGCUGCAUACUGCUGCCAAGACACCAUUCGGGUUCGUUUCGUCGCUGCUCAGCAGCCUCAGCCUUGCAGGCAAAAUUGAUGAGAGGUCGCAGCAGCAGGGCAGCGCAGCAGCAGCAGCAGCAGCAGCAGCAGCAGCAGCACCAGGAGCAGCAGCAGCAGCAGGAGCAGCAGAGCAGCAUAUGUAUGGGGCUGAAGGGGCACACACUUUGGCUGCUGCAGCUGCACCAGGCGCAGCAGCAGCAGCAGCAGCUGCUGCUGCUGCUGCUGCGAGCCCUUCGUGGCGGCUGUCCCCCACGUCUAUAGAAGCAAAAGAAGCAGCAACAGCAGCACGAGCAGCAGCAACCAAAGCAGCAGCAGCAGCUGCUGCUGCAGCAGCUGCAGGAGGAGGUGUACGGCGCAACGUUGUUAUAGGCGCCAGCCGCAUCAUCGCCCCAGUACCUGCUGCAGCAGACACACACCAGCGACAGCUCCCCGCGCUGCUGCAGCAGCUGCAGCAGCAGCAGCAGCAGCAGCAGCAGCAGCAGCAGCAGCAGCAGCAGCAACUGCAGCAGCAGAAAUACCAACUGCAGCAGCAGCAGCAGCAGCAGCCAGAUAUAGUACAACCAUGGCAGUCGCAUGCUAAGGAGGGGCCCAGUGUACCUGCAGCAGAUUCAGCAGCAGCAGCAGCAGCAGCAGGCAAGGCCUCAGCUGCUGCUGCUGCUGCUGCUGCAGCUGCUGCUGCUGCUGCUGAUUCGGAUAUUUCAGGGGUGCAGAAGCAGCAGCAGAAACAGCAGCAGCAACAGCUGCAGCAACAGUUGCAGCAGCUGCAGCAGCUGCAACAGCAACAGCUGCAGCAGAUUCAGCAGCAGCAGCAGCAGCAGCAGGCAAGGCCUCAGCUGCUGCUGCUGUUGCUGCUGCUGCUAGUGUACCUGCAGCAGAUUCAGCAGCAGCAGCAGCAGCAGCAGGCAAGGCCUCAGCUGCUGCUGCUGCAGCGCAGCGCUACACUCUCAAAGCUGCAGGCCUUUUUUUAA